AUGAAGUUCUCUACCACAAUCUUCCCUCUCCUUGCCAUUUCCGGCUUCUCACUUGCUAAGAAGCCCAAGCGGCCAUGCCACAACGCAGCGGCUCCUCACCAAGGAAUUGGAAACUACUGCCGGUGUGCAGACAACACUUGCUGGCACCGCGGUAAUGAUGACUGCAUUAAUUUGGGCAGCCAAAUUGUCGAAUGCCCUGUGCCUGUGACGGCUCGCACCUAUGCUGCUUGA